CCUGUUGGUGAGCACCGCGAAAAAAAAAAAAAAAAUUCCCCCAGCCUUCCUUCCUUCCAGCGUCCCUUGUGGAGGAGGCUACCGGCGUGCCAUCCCAAGUCUCUGGGCAUAAGGUGGCACCAAGCUCAAAACCGCAGGUGAUGUCGCAGAUCUCCCGGCUUUCUUUCUCGUAAAACAUCCUAGACGUUGAACGCUACUGGUUAUGCGCGGGUGGAAUCUCGACGGUUGGACACACCACGCGCCCACACUUUGAUAAGUGCCUCGCUUGAAAGUGCUGAUCAUUUUAGCCCUCUUUUCUUAUUCAAAAUCUGAUAUAAAUUCCACCUACGUCAGCCGCCUUGUGUCGUCUGCACCUCCGUGACUCUGCUUCCAUACUGCCGUCGCGGCCUUCCUUCACUGCGCAGACUUUUUCGACUUCUGCACAUACCUAACAUCUUUGCUGGCGAGUUGUGCUGCGCUUUGGAUCGUCAUGGCAAUAUGGAGUAGGAAGAAGUCGGACGAAUCAGAGCCCCCGGCUAGCUAUGUCGACGAGGCGAAAUUCGACUACAGUGGCCAGCAUGGCGAGGUUCCGAUCUUGACGGCAGAAGAUGCGGAGACGAAGCUGCACCGUGGCUUGAAGGCUCGCCACAUCACCAUGAUUGCAAUUGGAGGUGCCAUCGGGACGGGUUUGAUCAUUGGAACCGGCGCGGCUCUCGCGAAAUCGGGUCCAGGAUCCAUUCUCAUCUCUUACACUUUUAUCGGAAUCAUCGUCUUCCUCGUCAUGGCCGCUCUUGGUGAAAUGGCUGCUUGGCUACCACUUGGAGAGGGCUUUGCGGGCUAUGCGACGCGAUUCUGUGACCCUGCCCUUGGCUUUGCUCUCGGCUAUACAUACUGGUUCAAGUACAUUAUCGUGACGCCGAAUCAACUAACUGCGGCCGCCCUUGUUAUACAGUACUGGUGUCCUCCUGAGAAGGUGAAUCCAGGCGUGUUCAUCACCGUGUUCUUGGUAGUUAUCGUCACGAUCAACUACAUUGGCGUCAAAUGGUUCGGCGAGUUUGAAUUUUGGCUAUCUUCGAUGAAGGUCUUGGUCAUCUGCGGCCUUAUUCUGCUUUCGCUCGUCCUUAUGCUAGGCGGAGGUCCAAAUCACGACCGCACUGGCUUCAGAUACUACCAUGAUCCCGGAGCGUUCAAGCCAUAUAUCGAUAGUGGAGCCGCUGGAAAAUUCUACGGCUUCUGGGCUUCCAUGGUCACCGCUGUUUUUGCCUACCUUGGAACCGAGCUUGUCGGAGUGACUGUUGGAGAGGCGCAAAACCCACGCAAGACGAUCCCACGUGCCAUCAAGCUGACCUUCUACCGGAUCCUUUUCUUCUACGUCUUCUCCGUCUUCCUCCUUGGUUGCAUUGUUCCGUACAACUCUCCCGAGCUCAUCUUCGCAAGCAAGAAAUCCAACAGUGCUGCUGCUUCACCAUUUGUCGUCGCGAUUCAGAUUGCAGGCAUUGGUGGUCUACCUGGCUUCCUCAAUGGCUGCAUCUUGCUGUUUGUGUUUAGCGCUUCGAACUCCGAUCUCUACAUCGCAACUCGAACCCUGUACGGAAUUGCGCUCCAGGGCAAGGCGCCUAGGAUUUUGGCGAGGACGGAUAAGCGGGGUGUUCCAUACAUGGCUCUUGGCUGCUCUUCGCUCUUCUGUCUCUUGGCCUACAUGAAUUGCACCAGCGAUUCGAAAGUAGUCUUUGGCUACUUUGUGAACCUUGUCACCAUCUUUGGCCUCCUGACAUGGGUCUCGAUCCUUGUCACGCAUAUCUAUUUCGUCCGAGCUAGGAAAGCACAGAAUGUGCCGGAGACCUCACUCGCCUACAAGGCACCAUUUGGUGCUAUGGGCUCUUAUUUCGCCUUGUUCUUCUGCUGCUUGAUCGCACUCACAAAGAACUUUAACGUCUUCACAAAAGGCGACUACGGCGAUUUCGAUUACAAGAACUUCAUCACAGGCUACCUCGGUAUUCCUUUAUACCUGAUCUUGAUCUUCGGCUACAAGAUCUGGCACAGGACGCAGGGAGUGUCACCAGCGGAGGCAGACCUUUGGACUGGAAAGGACAUCAUUGACCGUGAGGAGCAAGAAUUCUUGGCUCAGGAGCGAGCGAAGGGUAAGCUCGCUACGAAGAGUGGCAAGUUAUACAAGAGAUACGUCGGGUGGCUGUUGUAGUUUCUCGUGGACGAAGCCCCAAUGAAUCCUCCAGUACCGUUUCUGGUUAGUGAUAACGAGAUCAAUCACGCAAAUUAUUAUUUUUAUCCGAUUGAAGACAUGUAUGCAAGCGAAAGGACCCCCUAUGUUCAAGACAAACAAAGUCGUCACCCGAUCAUGCGUUCCAAUGAGUUUCAAU